AUGGAAGAAGAUAAAGGCCAGGACCAUGAUCUACUAUCUACAACAUGGGUUCCCCCUCAGGCAUCCGAGCAUGAGGAGAAUGGUGAUGAGCUUAUGGGCGUUGAAAAUGGUGAAGAUAAUUUAAACAGCGUUGAUCCAUAUAUCGGAAUGGAGUUCUCUACUCAUGAGGAAGCUUAUAAUUUCUACAAUGCAUACGCCAGACUUAAGGGAUUUGGUGUUCGCAAGGGUCACACAGCUUGGUCGAGAAAGAAAGAUGCAAUCCUAUCUAGAAUAUUUGUAUGUGACAAAGAAGGCUUUAAAUCUUUAAAAGAUAAAAGAGAAGAUGGUCGGAAUGUAAUUCGAAAGUUCGAUACAAGAUGUGGAUGCAACGCAAGGAUGGUUAUUGGACUUGAUAGAAGCACUGAAAAAUGGGUGGUCCGAAAGUUAACCAGUAAGCAUAAUGGUCAUCCAUUAACCACCCCAACUCGGGUAAAGAAGCACUACUCACAUCGGACACUUCAUCGAGCUCAAUCGACAAAAAGGUUGAUAGAUACUCUUGACAAUCAAGGUUUACGGCCUUCUGCCAUUUGUAAGGUUGUAGACGUUGCUCAUGGCAAUGAACAAGGCUCUCUCACUCAACAAGAAUGCCAAGCACAACUUAGACUUAAACGAAGAAACAACGUCGGCCAUGAGUGCGUGAACAUAGUUCGUCAAUUUCAAGAGAAAAAGGUAUCUGAUCCUCAAUUUUACUUCGCACUUGAUUUAGAAAAUGAUGGGACGAUGAGAAGUGUUUUUUGGAUGGAUGGUAGGUCGAGGACUUCUUACUUGCAAUUUGGAGAUGUUGUUUGCUUUGAUGUUACAUAUAGAACGAACAAUUUAAAAUUGCCGUUUGCACCAUUUACGGGCGUUAACCAUCAUCGACAGUCUACUCUAUUUGGGUGUGCGUUACUGGCCGAUGAAACGGAGGAGACGUUUAUAUGGUUAUUUAGCCAAUGGUUAAAAUGUAUGUCGGGUAUAGCACCAGUAACAAUCAUCACUGAUCAAGAUAAAGCUAUGUGUGGUGCUAUUCACAAAGUUUUUCCUAAAACUCGCCAUCGCUUUUGUUCUUGGCACCUUCGUAGGAAUGCCUUACAAAAUCUUCAAUCAAUGCAUAAUGAUUAUGGUGAGGAUGUUGGUGUAAAGUAUAACAAAUGGUAUUGGAGUAAAUCGGAAGAAAAAUUUGAAAAGCGUUGGGAAGAAAUGAGGGACAAAUAUGGUGCAGAUAAAAGGAGUUGGUUAGUAAAUUUAUACAAUCAUCGAGAUCAUUGGGCUCCAGUGUAUCUUAAAGACACUUUUACUGCAGGAAUGACAUCUACUCAGCGGAGUGAGGGAAUUAAUGCUUUUUUUGAUCAUUUUGUGAAUGUAAAUACCGAGUUACAUGAUUUUGUUAAGCAGUAUGAUAAUGCUGUCAGAGCUCGCCGAGCCGCUGAACUUGAGCAAGAUUUUAAGUCCACAAACUCAGUUCCUACAUUGAUAAUUGAACAUCCCAUUGAAAAACAAGCUCGGGAGAAUUAUACGAAGAAUCUGUUUACUAUCUUUCAGAAAGAACUCAAGGAUAGUUACUCCAUGCUUCAUGAAAAGUUGUCGAAGGACGGCGCAAGUGCUACUUAUGCCGUUUGGAAUAUAGAUAGCGAGGCUGAAAGCAAGAAGAUAGUAAAGCAUCAUGUUGUUUUCGAUACAUCCAAAGAAAAAAGAAUUAAGUGCUCUUGUGCGAGAUUUGAGAUGGAAGGUAUAUUAUGCAAACAUAGCUUGCACAUUUUAGUAAAGAAGCAAGUAUUAGAAAUUCCAUCAAGAUAUAUCAUGCAACGAUGGACAAUUAAAGCAAGACAUGUUGGUUGCGGAGUUGUUAGAAAUUGCAUUACAAAUAGUGAAGACCAACUAUCUAUCAUUAAACAUUGGGCCCUUAGGAGUAGAUGUAACAAGGCACUAGAAGAUACAUUGACUUCAAGUACACUUCAUGAUAAGUUUAGUGCUUUUUUAGACUCAUUUUUUGAAGAAGUUGAGAAUUCCAAGAUUGAGAAGGAACAUAACGACAAUGGAAAUGAGAGCAAUGCCAGCAAUAAGAUGCCUACUUCAUCCAUACCCAUCUCUAUAGAGGAAGCAACUCAAAUCACUAUUCGUGAUCCAGAUAAGCCUGUUGCCACGAAGGGACGACCAGCACAUGCUACUAGAAUUAAGUCGGGAGUGGAGAUAGCACAAGAAAAGAGUAUAAAAAAACAAAGAUUUUGUGGGUUUUGUAAGGGAAAAGGACAUUAUAUAACGAGUUGUCCUUUAGCUAAGAACAAAAAUGUUGCUCGUGGAGGUCGAGAAAGUUAA